AUGCCUAUCUACUUAAGCAUGCAGCGCGUUCGCUUCUCGAGCCCAGACGCCUAUGAGAAAUUCAAGGUGCAUGUUCUUCCUGUAUUCGAAUUCACAAUCGCUGACAAAUUCAAGGUGUUAUUCGCUGAUACUCAACGCCAUCUCAUGACUCUUCCUGGAUUCUUACACCUGACCUGCACCCGCCUUAUUCGAGUCUGCCCUGUGUGCAAUAAGGCAGAGGACAAGAAGUACAAUCUAGCUGAGGAGCAGGCCGUACUACGCGAGACCUGCCCUCAGUGUGGAUUUCAUUUCCCCGUGCUUGAUGAAACUCCUUCAAGUUUUGCCGUUUUCAAGGAUGUGCCAGGCCUAGCCAUGGAUAAUAAAGAGGCGAAGAAGGAAGUAGCAAAGGAAUAA